UUAUUUAUUUAUAUUUUUCAGGAAAAUAUUUUUAAAGGCCUGGGAGAUAACAUAGAAUAAAAAAAAAUGCUUUAAUUAGGUCUCUAAACCCUAGUCAUUGAAAUGAGCCCUAAGUAUUGUGAAGCAGCAGAAAAUAACCAAAACAUAUGCCAUAUUCCAGUAGAAUAUGGUUACAUAUAAGCAGGGUUGAGUUACUGGUAUAUAAUUAGAGGAGAUGUUUUACCCUAUAUAUGUAGCCAUAGAGAGCAGUAUAAAUAUUCUAUUGGUGCUGCCACAAAUAGGGUCUCUAAUACCUAUUGUAAACAUUUAGUAGGCAGAGAAAGGGCUUUGGACUAUGAAUGACUAAUGAAAUGAAUUCUUUAUUUAAUCUGGACUUGUGUGCUGUUGAUUCUGCUAUACCUGCGUUGUAGAAUUUCCUUCUUCAUUCUUACACUCCUUAUAGGUCACAAAACCCCCUUCAUAAAUUCCACUGGACUAGGACUAAGAUCUAGCUCUUCCUGGUCUAUAUUUAACUCUUGGAAAUGCUGUGCACUGUGUAAGAACUGUGAACAUGAAGGUUCCGUAGUAUUCAGCCUAUCAGGGAGUACCUUGAGAGUUCUGCUUUAUGAUGUCUCAAGGCAAAGAAGGAUUGUUUGCCUCUCAACUAGCAUCUGAUCAGCUGCUUUUGAGCCAUCAAGAUGUCUUUGUCUUCUCUUCCAGCAGCUAUUUUGUCUCAUAUGAUAGCUAUAAACAAUGUGCCUCCUCCUCCACUUCGCAGUUUACCAAGAAGAUGUAGAAGGGAAAAAAAUGGCAUUCGGGAGAAGACCAGAGAUACUUCAAGGAGUUUAGAAACAAGCCGGAGUUCUUACAGUAUUCUAACAGCUCACAAUGUGUUUAUAAAGCAAUAUCCUAAAAUAUUCCUGCAGAAAACACACAGACUGCCUGGACUUUUCAAACAGGAGGGAAAAAGAAAACCUACUGAAGACACAGUAGAAGAACAACAACAUGAUGAUCAACGUGAUGAUUCUCACAAUAUAGCUAUCCAUGUUAAAAAAGCACGUGGUGGCCUUACUUUAUAUGAACCCAAAAGAUUUGAAGAGGAAUUUGUAGAAUUCCUGGAUAUUUUAAAGAAAUUGCCCAUUUACAGGACGCUGCAUGAACACAAAAUUGUGUGGAAGAUGCUGAAAACAAUUCCAGAUUUGACCUGUCAGCUACCUGAUGAGCAUCUGAAAACACUUAGUAAGAGUGUCAUUUCCGAAACCUGGGUAAAAGGCAGCACAGUGGUUGGAAAUGAUGGAUUUUAUAUAAUACUGAAAGGGUCCGCCCGACUUCAAACAAAGGCAUAUGGUAAUCUCAUUGAAGAAGAUGAGUCAACAGCCUCCCUUAUACCUCAGAGUUUCCAAGGAUUUGUUGUCAGUGAAGGCAUCAAAAACUUUUUACUUGCUGAGGUACAAACACAUGACCCAACACUUGGACAGUGGAGUACCUUUGGGACUCUGGAAGUUGCAGCUCAGACUGAAUCAGAAACAAAGGAGUACUCGGUGAUCACAGAAGAAGACUGUGAAAUUCUUAAAAUCUCUGCAAAGAAUUAUGCGAGGUUAAAAUCGGAAAAAAUAAAACUUGAAAAUAAGCAAAAGGUGAAAUUAAUUCGUAAAUGUCCAUAUUAUGAAGAAUGGCCUACUUUAUCCAUAUAUGAAUUAGUUGCACUCAUUAAAUGGAAAAAAUUUCCACCAGGUCACAUGAUAGUGGAAAGUGGAAAGAUAAUUUCUUUUGUGGCCUAUAUCAAUUCUGGAUAUUGUAACAUUUAUAGAAAUAUUGUAGGACUUACGAAACUAGAACCAAAAAAAGCGAAAAAAAUUAAAAAACUUGUUUGUAUGGGUAAACUUAAGGAAAAGGAGUCCUUUGGUGAGAUUAGUGUUCUUCUUCAAGUUCCUUUCACAUGUACUAUAAUUACUGGAAAAGAGGUUGAGAUGGCAAUCAUUGAAGAUAAGGACCUAUUUGAAUUAGACCCAGUAACCAAGCAACUUAUGCUCCAUACAGCUAAACCAACUUUUGGCCAUCUGACAGAUGAGGAUGUCAAAAGUGAAUAUUUGCAAAGGGAACAAAAGAAAGAUUGGAAAAAUUUCAAGGACACAGACAGAGAAGCACAAGAAAAUCUGGUGUUUGGAUCACCUCUGCAUCUCACGCUUCACUGCUUUGUUACCACCAGUGGCAGGACUGCUGGUAAUGUAAUGCAAGUACUCAGGGAAUCUACGUCUAAGCUAAACAGCCAGAAACCUGAGGGCACAAGAUUCAGCUUCAGGCAUCGUUCUCUUUUCUGCAGCUCUUCACUUAGUAUCAACAGUCUAGGCAAUUGUUUGAAUAAUAAUGAACCAAAUCUCUCCUUAGCAACAGUCCAGUUUUUUUAAAAAAUGGGUAUCAAAUAGAACCCUACUUUUAAUAAUAAUGUGGGUUUUUUGUUUUUGUUUUUGUGUUACUGUUAUCUGUUGUCUGAACAUACUGGAAAAGGUUCAUUAUAAAGUGAUCCAUAAGAAACUGCUUUAUUUUUUUCCUGCAUUGUUUCAAGAGUGACAAUAGAACUGUGUUCAGGAUGUCAAUAUUGUUAUCCCAGUGAACUGGAUAUUGCCUUACAGAAAGAUUUCAAUUUGCCAUGAAAUCCCAGAACCUAAACUAAAUAAGGAAAUUUACUACUGCUACCUCUAAUGGUCCCUAAUAAGUUACAUUUUUUUAUAUUUUUAGUUAUCCCUUGUUUUUGAUUUGUUUUUCUUUUGAUUGUUUUCUGGUCUUUUGGAGG